GAGCCACCCCGCAUUUGUUCGAUUAGUGCAACAAUCAUCCUCCCCAUUGCGGGAAGCUACCACUAGCUGUUCUAACCUCAAACCCGUUCCCUCCCGGGUGUAAAUAGAAGAUGCUUUAGUAUGGACGCAAAACGUCCCCUCCCCACCGUCCAUUCGACGGCACUGAUUAGCUUAACGACGACAAUGUCAAAGAGCUCCCUAGGGGUGGUUUUGGGCCGAACGCGCGAUCUGGACAUUGCACUGCGUUCCACACCUUCCAUUGAUAACAUCCGCUCUGGAGUGGGCAUUGCAAAGCGAAAAUAACGCAACAGCAGCCAACCCAACACGCCCAUGAAUGAUUGCAGAGCCGAGCGGGAAGUAGGGGCUCGUUGCGUUGUGAAGUGUUGUGAGAACUGAUAUCAAAAAACAAGGAGCUAACGGGGGGCGCAAUUUAAUGCCCUUCCUACCCUUUUGUAACAGGCAGUGGCCAGGGGUGGGCUGUGGAAUGCUACCACACUUGGUGGUUCCUUUAUUUUGUUUUUCUUUUUUGCUUGUCCUAUCCUCCAAGUGAUAGCUUUGAUAUAGGAGUCUGGCCAAAGGUUUUUCAAAAGUGUGUGUGUGCGUGCGUGAUUGAUGAAGACUCAAUCAGAACCUGGCAGUGCUCGAGCUGGCGCCGAGUUCACCUGCCUGUGAACGCGCACCGUAAUCACGCAAAUCAUCGGACUCAAGGCGUCAUGGCAGCUGCUUGAUUCCACGAAUGGCAAUAACGGCCAUCGCACCAACGAGGGCGAACCCACCGUCGACGACGACGAUGAUAAUGAUGAUGCUGUCGAUGAUCGUGAUGGAGCUUCGCGGGCCCACGUCCAGCCCGUCAGUGUAGUCAGAGUGUUUCGCCAUAGCGCACCGUACUGUUGCCGCCGGUGUCGCACCCGCACCCGGGCAAGCGGAAAUAGGAGCCGCGGCUUUCAAGUUGGCCAAGUUGGUUAGCUGCCGGAACGUCACGCGCUAGCCGUAACGCGAUACGGCUGCGAACGAAGAUCUAUUUUUGGGGUGAAAAUCUAAACCAAAAAAGGGUCUUAACACGGCGGGUAAGCGAAUGUGGCGUUUGUCAAUGAGUGUUUAAAAUUCUGCUGUCCUGCGUUCUUGUACGUUCCUGCACUGAUUCCAUCUUCAAAAGGGGAAUGGAAAGGGAGAAGUGUGCCCGCAGGGAGUAGGAUCGCUGUCACGCGAGUCACGCGCCAUACGUGAUAUCUUCAUCAGUGCGCGAUUGAAGAAUUUAUAAUCUCCGCCAGCGAGGUUCAGUACAGCUGCGCCUCGCAGCUCAUCUCCAAAGCCGGUCAUAUCUGAUGCGGAUCUUUAUCGUAUGCGCAAGUGGCAUGAACGGGUUCGUCCAACAAGUGUGCAAGUGAGAUACUGUAGCUGCUUAGAACGUGCAGAAGUGGUGCAGAGCGACGGGAAUUAAGCUGUGCUCGGAUAACUGUGUCACCGCGUCGGUGCAGGCCAUAUCUCAGAAGCUCCAAAGUUGAAGACAGGCUGAUGCUCAAAAGGCAUGUGAAACAGAUCGCGAAGCAAAGUUUAGGUACACCCGUGCCCGUUGCUGCUGACCGGGUCUCCCGCGUCUCGGGCACUCGGGAUCGUGCCAAUCGAGGCAUUACGCGGAGUUUUGCAUAUCCAUUACGGCGGUACGGCCGAGCCGCAAUUAGGUUUGACACCCGGCCUCGGGUAAUUGCAGCCCAAACACACGAAACCGCUCGUACGUCAGUGCCGGACGUCGACCAAGCGUCCAAGUCGUCAUCGGAGGGCAUCGGGGUUUUAUGGCGCGCGUGACGCCGACCCUCGGUGACGCCGCCGCCGCCGCCGCCGUACCGCGCACUGGGAAACGUGUGCAACCUCACCGACCGUUCAUGAUCGUGCCCCGUGCAACUCGACGGUAGCUCGCCAAGCUCAUUAAUGUUGGGCGUCGUAUUGAUCGUACCGGGACGAUGAGGCGAAACUGAAGAGUCUUACCCGAAACAGAUAAGGCAGAGGAUCUCCAAAAAAGGAAGGAACAUUCCGCGUUUGAGUGCUCAGUGUGCGAAAGCGAAGCGUAUCGGCAGAUGCGCUCAGUGCCCAGUUGCAGCUUGUCCAGUGCGGACCGCAUAGUGUUUUUUUCGUGUGGCUUUUGACAGCAGUGACAAGCUAGCGGCAAGUUACCUUCCCGCUUGAGUGUAACCUGGUGCGUGCGGGCAGUACGAUUCUGCUAAGCUAGCUCGGCGAUAGGGCGCAGUAGUGAUUUUAUUUUAUUAUUCCUAUCAUUUCGUUCGCUUCCACCGCUUAUUGCCGCCACAACAUUCAUCGCGGGAUUGGCGCGUACAUCCAGCGCCCAAAACCCAGCGCCGCCCUUUUUACACACCGUGCUCGCCACUUCCGUGUGAUCGGGUUGAUUAUUCCGUACGUUUGUUUGCUUUUCUGGUGUGUGUGUUCUUGAAUGAUUUUGUGUGUUACUGAACGGCUUACAAUGCGCCGUUUGUGGUGAGUGAUACGUUUGUGGUGUGGUUCAAUUCGUGUGCGCAUUAGUGCGAUCGUAAAAUCGCGAUCAUUUAGUGGAGGAAGCAAGAAGAAAAAAAAAACAACCCCGUAGUUCGUUUGCUACAUUAGUGAGCCGAUCCUACAGCGAAAGAUAUAAAAUCCCGGAGCAUUAGAAUAAACAGGGUACGUCAGCAUGUCGGUGCGUUGGGAGUCGCCUGAUGUUGGCCGCCGGCGGCGUUCCGGCGGCAGUGUGGAUGAGUGCGAAAUGUUGAUGCGGCCAGACGCUGCCACCGCGGUUGGCGACGAUGGCGAUCAUUCGCGAUCGCGGAACGGUAGUGCUAGUGGCCGGCAGGCGGAGCAUGCGGAUCGGAACGCUUCCGGUGGUCGCUGUCCGGUGGCACGGGUGGACGUCGAGUUGAGCGAUGAAGAGGAUCCUGUGCCGGGGCGGGAUGAUACCGACGAGAUAGUGGUGUUGGAUGAGGCGAGUGAACGACUGCUGGGGAAAUGGAAUGGAAACGCCAAAGUGAAGAUGUUCAAAUCUAAAACCACCUCCCCGAACGAACCGUCCCCACCGCCCGGCCAAUCCGAACAGGACUGCAGCGGGAUGCACAUCACGCUGAACCCCUCGUCACGGGCCACCAGUCCCAGCGCGAUGCUGGGAAAAGCGAGCGCCACCCCGUCACCGACACCCUCCGCAACGCACCCGCUCGGCCACCCCAAUCCGCUCAAAAGCAUCAACAACAACAACAGCAGCAGCAGCAACAACAAGGCCAGCAGUAAACCGUGCGGCAAGGGCGGGGGCAAUGCCGGUGACGGGGGCGGCUCCAAGGGAGCGAAAAAGCGCAAAAGCUCGGACGAGGAAAGCGACAUCAUCGGCGAACUGAUCGGGGACUAUGGCAAGUGGCAGUUCGUGAUGACGUUUCUGCUCUCCCUGUUCCAGGUGCCGAACACGUUCCACAUCUACUCGCCAACGUUUCAGGCAGCAGAUAAAAGCUUCUGGUGCCGACGGCCGACACAUCUAGACGACGUCCCCAUCGACCGGUGGCGGAACGUGUCGAGUUCGGUGGAAAAUUGCAGGAUGCUGAAUUACGACUGGAAUGCGCUAACGAGCGCCCAGCUGUCGAUGAGUAAUUUUUCACUGCCGAAGAACGUAACCGACACGGUUGCAUGCAGCGCCUGGGAGUUUGACGUGCACGACAACCUCGGCAACACCUGGUCCUCGGAGUGGAAUCUCGUCUGCGACAAGGAGUACCUGAAGAAUGUGGCCGAGAUGUUUUUCCUCGCCGGGGUUGCAACUGGCGGCAUCACGUCCGGCGUGCUUUCGGACAAGUUUGGCCGCAAAAUGAUGCUCUUCAUCUCUGCCGUCCUGCAGUCGAUAUUUGGAUUAGCCCUCUACUUUGCCGAUUCGUUCGAGUUUUAUCUGGUGCUGCGUGCGCUACUGGGCAUUGUGUCGGUGUCGGUGACAUACGCUGGGCUCAUUCUGGCGAUCGAGUACGUGGACGGCAAGUGGCGAACGAUCGCCGGCAUGUACAAUCUGUUCCCGCUGCCCGUGUCGUACAUCAUGAUCUCCGGCAUUGCGUACCUCACGCAGGACUAUCGAAAUCUGCAGCUGUGCAUCGGGCUGCCGGGUGUGUUUCUGUGCCUAUUAUGGUUCGUCCUGCCGGAAUCGCCCCGCUGGCUGCUGUGCAAAGGUCGCAUUACCGAGGUGAAGGAAGUCAUCCGCAAGGCGGCCGCGUUCAACAAGCGCCCGCUACCGGACAAUUUGGACAAGCUGCUGAAGCCCCCGGUGGACGAGGAGGAAACGGCGGCCGGUGUUUGCGAGCUGUUCCGAUCAAAGUAUCUUCGCCUGGUGACCUUUUGCUUCCUGUGCAUCUGGUUCACGAUGAAUCUCGUCUACUAUGGAUUGGUACUGAACAUGAACAGCUUUGGCGGCAACAUUUAUCUCAACUCGGCACUGGCUGGUUUGGUAGAGAUUCCCGCCAUCGCACUGGCCAUGUACAUCAUCAAUCGAACCGGCAAAAAGUGGCUCUUCUGUGCGACGUUCUUUGCAGCCGCACUUGCUUGCCUGUGUGCCGCCAUCGUCGAGGGUAAACCGGAGUUGUUGGCGAUGAAAAUUACGUUCGUGAUGAUCGGUAAAUUCACCAUCAGCGCCGGUAACACCAUUAUGCCGGUGUACACGGCUGAACUGUAUCCGACCGCAAUCCGUAACGUCGGUGUCGGAGCCUGUAACCUGGCGGCUGGUUUUGCGCUCGUCCUGACACCAUACUUAUCGUUGCUGACAAAAAUCGAAGUCCAUCUGUUGAUGACGCUACUAACGGCCUGGUGUAUCUUUGGCGCAAUUGUGAUCAUUUUCCUGCCGGAAGCAAUGCAGCACCACGAGCACGAGGAGCAUGAUGAGGAUAAAGAAAUCGAUACACAGGUACCAGCUUAAGCGAAACCGUGCGACUCAUUCUCCCUAAUCAAUCCUUCUGCCGAGGCAAGACCUGGUUGGUAUAGUGCGUGGAUGCGAGCCCUCUCUCAGCUGGACCCACUGUUACGCGACGGCUAACACACCACCACCACAGUGGAGCUGGAGUGAAGUAUCAUCCGACCGACAUGAUCAACGAUCAAUCAACUGCAACUGCCAUAUCUACUCCCUAAUCGAGUUUUGUAGUACACGAAGCGCACCGAACUCUAACCUCAAUCCUGUACCGAACACUUUCGCCAGAGAGCGACCAAUGGUCGUUGAUUUGGUUGUUUUUUUUAAUAUCUAAAAUGGUCAAUUUUAUGAGACAGUUUUGAAAAGGGGUUCAAUGUUCGUCAAAGCACCGCUGUAACGGUACAGUGUGUGUACCUGUAAUGCCAACCUUUCCGAGUGUCCUCCGGAGGAGGGUUUGUUCCAACAGCCCGCCUAAAUAGCUGUGGUAGCAUUUAGUAUGAUUUUACUUCUGAGCCAACAACCUUGGCCUAAACCAAGCAAGAAUUAAGUAUAAUGGAACAGAUUUAUUCAAUAGGAAGCAAACAUUUCGAUACGUCGCGGGUCCCGUCAUGUUGGGCACUGGCUGGCUGGUUCCAGGAAAGGCCCCGACGCCCCCCAGUAGCGAAUGUCGUUGUGACCGGUUCACAAAGCAAAGCACUCCGCUCAUUUACACACAGUAAACAAUAGUUAUAGUCAGCAGCAGUAGCAGCCAGCAAUAGUGUUGGGACUGAUCCAACAGUUUUAAGAGAUUUUUGUACAUUAUUCACUAAGCCACAUGCAUUAUUGGGCCGAUCUUCGAACUUUGAUAGAUUGAUAGGGUUCGGGUGUUAGACGAUUCCUACACGUGCGUUACCCGCUACUCAUCGUUACGUCCUCGGAUGGGACGGUAAAUUGUGUAGUAGCAUUUGCCCUGAGCGGCAUCACACAUCUGUAAAGCAGCAUCCAAUAUUUACAUAUUAUUAUGCCAAUCAUUGUUGAAAGAAUGCAAAACACAAAAACAAAACAGAAUUAGCAACGCUUUAGGUGUAUUUUAGAGCAUCAAAAUGGUGUAUCGAUAUAUCAAACUGGAAACGAUGGAGGAAGGGAAAUACUAAUUUAAGUACCGGAAGUAAAGGAAUACUAACCAUUCAAAGGCUCUCUUAUAUACACGCACGCAUUCUCUCUCUCUGUAAAAUUUCUAUUACAGCAGAGGAGUAUGAGAUAUCCCACAAAAGAAUCACGCAAGACAGGAUCAGUUGAGCAGUAGUUUAGCUCUCCCGAAAGCUCUCCAGAUCUGCUGGCCUAGCACCGCUGUUUCCGUAACCUUCGCGCUGAAAGAUUGUUCGUCUAUGUUAGCCGUACUUAAACGUAAUUAAUGUGUCAUAUAUUCUCAUGUGUCAAUGUAGAGUCCUGUUUAUGGACGACGAUCAACCCAAAAGGCAAAGCAAAACGAGGGCAAGCACCGGCAGACAGUAGUUUAAAAGCUCCCGCACAUAAUAAAGGAAACUCGUGUAAAUAGUUCAAUGCGAGAAUGUUGAGCAAAUUGUAGUAGAAGGUUAGGUCGGGUUGAAAUAAGGUUUGUGUUAGGAAGAUCGGGUCGGCGGAAUUUGAAUGAGAUUUAAUAUAUAUUGAUAAAAAGUUAGGGCAAAUAAUACUAAGCUAGCGCACAGAAACCAUGUAAGAUGUAAGCAGGUAAUCUUCUUUACAUCUUGUGGUUGUUGUAGAGAAGAUGUUUAGUGAACAGUGUGUAAGGGAUGCGUUACAGUAAUACCAUCCGCAUCGGUGCAGCGCAGUGUUGCAACGGGCAGCAGUUCUGUCUAUUGUUAUUGUUGAAGCCGUGUGUGAGUGUAAAAGCUUUCUAUUUAUUUAUUUGCUCGUACUCGUACUUAAGCAAGAAAGUUUCGCUUCCACUUGGAAAGUAAGGCCCCUCGCCCUCGUGUCACUUAUCUCCGUUAGUGCAUCAGUUUGCCGGCAUCGUGUAAUUUGGUUUACCAGCAGUUGUAAAGAUACUAUACUAAAAGGAGAUAUAAUAGAGCAUUUAAAUGUCCACGACACGGCAGUCUGUGUGCCAGUGUCCUGAGGCUGAGUAUUAAAGCAAGCAAGCAAGCAGUCAAACAACCAUACACACAAAGAUCCAGCACUAGCUGCAGUGCAAAUCAAGAACAAUAGUGAAAACGGAACAGAUAAAUACUACUACUACGCGUGUUAGGUGCUAGUGUAAGUGAUUGUGGUUGAAUCAUCAUUGUAAAUAUCCUUUCCAACAAAGAAGCUACGAGCAGUAGUAGUACUAGGUGGCGAGCUAGAGGCGUGCGCGAAAGGAUGAUACAGUGAGCGCGAGUAACCAUUAUCGAAGUAAAUGAGUGUCGAACCUCGUCGUUAACCGCUCCGCAGGCGAGUGUGUGAGUAGUUCCAAACACGCUAGAGAUAAUAAAUGUGGUACAAUUACCGUA